AUGUUGAAGGGUGGAAUGUGGAAUGAUAUUGAUGUAAAACCCCUGGCACAGGAGCCGUUUGCUUCCGGACUGUUCUUGAGGCCCAACGACCGCAGUGGCGGUCUACCUUGUGGGCUGCCAGGGGAGGCUGGGGGAAACCUUUUGCAAGGGAGCCCUCAAGGUGCAGGACUGGACGAUUUCAAUGAUGAUGGCGAGGGAGUGGGCAUUUCUGGCCCAGACUAUGACUGGGAUGAUGGUGGUGAUGGGGUGGAUGAACAUGAUGACCUCAUUGCUGCACCGGGAAGGACAGUCGCCUUUGCACCCAUCAGAGUCGCAGCAAGAAUGAAACAUGUUGACAUUGGUGCUCUGAAAGCACACCUCUGGCAAGAAUUGUGCCAACAAUCGGACAAUCCAGGGACCUCCUCGCAGACAGGCAGUGCUUUCUCAGAAAUCGUCCGAUCUGUGCCGGAAGCAGGGCAGGCAGGACGACUAGAAGACAUAUCCCCACACAUGUGCUUCAUUUGCCUGUUGCAUCUCGCCAAUGAACAUGGUCUUCAACUCUCUGGCAGUGAAAUGCUUGAUGAAGUGCUUGUUGACAACAUACCAGAGAACAGCAGAUCCGGCAGGAUGAAGUGCUGA